AUGGAGUGCAAAGAGUGUGGAAACAGGCACGAUAGCUCCGUGAUUUUCUGGGGUGGUGACGAAGUCAAGCGUCGAGUGGUCGGUAAUACGUGGGCCGUCGAAAGGGGCGCAUCGAGGCCAAACGAGUUCUAUCGGUCGCCUGUGAUCGAGGACAUCCUCAGGCGGUGUAGAGGACUCGGCUUUCAGGUGUACGUCAAAGAGUCAUAUGAGGCUGGAGAUUGGAUGCAUGAGAUGGACCGCAACGCGAGUGGCACGCCAUGCGAUGAUGCUCCUCUUACUCGGCAAUACGCCGUGUUUCUGCCGAAAGAUGCUCCAAAGGACCGCGAAGGCGCAUGA